AUGGUUCGCCCAGGGAUAAUGCGUGGUGGCGGCCGUGGUGGAAUGGGAAUGGGUAUGCGAGGCCGUGGAGCACCGUACAUGAACAAGAAAACAUUUCUUCCCCGCCAUCCGUUCGAUCUUACCCUGGCUGAAAUGGCUUUCCCCCGAGUACACCCGGCUCCGGAUGAUUCAGCACUCACCAAUGCCCUGUUAAAACGCAGCCAAGAUCUCACUCCAACAGCAGCGGAACAAACCGCAAUCUCGAAUCUCGUCGCCAAGGUGCAGGGCGUGCUGGACAAUAUCGUGAUCGCCCCGGGAGACUUUACCAAAUGCCAGCUGGAAGAGGUACGCCAAGUUGGAUCGUACAAGAAGGGCACGAUGAUGGCAGGCAACAACGUGGCCGAUAUUGUCAUCAUCCUAAAGUCACUCCCUACGAAGGACUGCGCCGAAGCACUCGGCAAAAAGGUGGAGGAAGAUUUGGAAAAGUCAAUGAAAACGGAAGUCGUUCCCAAAGCGGAAGCACUUUCGCUGACGUACAGUGAAAAGGGGUUCGAAAUAUCGAACUCACUCGCGAAGGUACGCUGUCUGAUUGCAACGUUGCCCCAAAAUAUGCGCAAACUGGAGACGGAAAAGCAUCUAGAUUUCAAAAUCAUCCAAAGCCAUUUGGCCGCCAUUCGGCAUACGCGCUGGUUCGAGGAAAAUGCCCACCAUUCAACCAUAAAGGUGUUGAUACGCAUACUGAAGGAUCUUGCACGUCGCUUCGACGGGUUUAAGCCUUUGAAUCCGUGGAUUUGCGAUCUGCUUGCCCAUUCCGUCAUCAUGAAUAACCCGAGCCGUCAGGCACUGCCCGUAAACGUGGCUUUCCGGCGCGUAUUUCAACUGCUGGCUUCUGGGCUGUUUGUGCCCGGAUCAGCUGGUAUUACGGAUCCGUGCGAGGUCGGCCACUUCCGGGUGCACACAUCGAUGACAUUGGUGCAGCAGGAUGAAUGUUGCAUGACGGCACAAACACUGGUGCGCGUGUUGGCCCAUGGCGGAUACAAACACAUCCUUGGCUUUGUAGAAAAUACUACCGUCGCGAAGGAGAUGUCCGUGUGGGACGGUGUCGUUGUAUCCCCACUGGAACCAGCGUACGAAAAGCCAUCGGAAAAGAAGGACGGCGAGGAGGACGACAUGGAGUGCGUCGAGGGAGAAACCAUAAACGAAGAGCAGACGGAGUGA